AUGGUCAGCUCACGACGGGGCCAGGGGCAGGAGCCCUCCGGGAGCUCAGCCCAGCCGCCCCCAUUCCUCACGAAAACGUAUGAGCUCGUGGAGGACGUCGCGACGAAUGACAUCGUCUCCUGGAGCGCAUUGGGCUCCAGCUUCGUUGUGUGGAAGCCGGCUGAGUUUGCAAGAGACCUGCUGCCUCUGCAUUUCAAGCACAAUAAUUUCUCAAGCUUCGUGAGGCAGUUAAAUACAUAUGGAUUCCGUAAAGUUGACCCAGAUCGUUGGGAAUUUGCCAACGAAAACUUCCUUCAGGGUCAGCCUGAGUUACUGAAGUCCAUCCACAGGAGGAAGACAGCGGCUGCACAGCCUAACAUUGAUGGUAGCCAAUCUGCAUUGGUCCACAGCAGUCCUGCAAUUGAGAUAGGGCAAUUUGGUGGGCUGAAGGAUGAAGUUGAAGCACUAAAGAGGGACAAGAAUGUUUUAAUGUUAGAGCUGGUGAGAUUGAGGCAGCAACAGCAGUGGACAGACAAUGAACUGCGAGGUCUGGCUCAGAGGGUGAAUGUUGCAGAGAACAGGCAGGUGGAGAUGCUGCAUCUCUUCAGCAGAUUCUUGCAGAACCCUGGCCUGCUCUCUCAGAUGCUCCAAGCUGCCAACAAGCGAGGCAACCGGGUGGGAUCCUCCAAGGCACCAGGCCGCCGGAAGCGACGCAAUAGAGACAGCGACGUGACCAUGGAUGGAGUGGAAAAUGACAACGAGAUGGAAAGUGGGACAGAGGAGAAUCAGCUUAUCCAGUACAAACCGCCCAACAUCCCUGGGCAGGAGUACACGGAUGCCUUGCUCAGCCUGUUGGACACUCUGACCCAUGGGACGGCCUUGCAGAGCCAAAGCCAAAGCCACAAUCACAACCCAGGGCAUACAGAAUUUGGUCCCAGCAUUCCUGUUGGAGCUCCUGGCCAGGGCGAUGCUUUUGCCAGUCUUGGGGAUCUGUCAUCGCCAAGUGCAGGUACAGAGCUUGAGAGGGCAGGACUUGAGCUGGGCAUCCCUGUGGAACCCUCUCUGGGAACGUCAAUUCAGCCUGGCUCCCUUGAACGAAACCCCUCUGGUCCGCCCAUGUAUCAAGGCCUCUCUGGUCUGUCACCGUCAUCUCUGGCGAAUGCACCAGCCCUGCCCUUCCCUUCGCUGUCAGCAACACAGCCCAGUAUUGUAUUCCCACCAUUGGACAGCACCAUGGAUGGCACUGCCUCUGGAGCAGUGAGGGCUGCAACAGAGACAGAGUCUACUUUGGCAACAGGUCUUGCAAGUGCUGAAGGCGGGGCAGUGUUCAAGGCAGAGGAUCCCCAGGCCACCAAGUCUCCUGCUGAUGGGUACAGCAUGGUGACGCCGUUUUCGAUGGCAUCAUCUGGCCCAAUGUCCCCCGUUUUUGCAGCGCCCAGCGGGAAUGAUGUUUCGAUGGACUUCCCCGACAGCCUGCCUUCCCUUAAGUCGUCAGACCUGAUGAUGCUGGAGUCCGAUGCGCUGCACAAUGCAUUUCAGAGGGACGACUCCUUGUGGAAAGAGUUUCUGGCUACACCUGAAGAGACGUGUGGGUUGGGGAGUUUGAAGUUGGAAGAUCAGCCAGAAACUUGA